UCAUCGUCAUCAUCACCAUCACCAUCAUCAUCAUCAUCACCACCAUCAUCAUCAUCAUCAUCAUCAUCACCAUCACCAUCAUCAUCAUCCUCAUCAUCAUCAUCAUCAUCACCAUCAUCAUCAUCAUCAUCAUCAUCAUCAUCAUCAUCACCAUCAUCAUCAUCAUCAUCAUCAUCACCAUCAUCAUCAUCAUCAUCACCAUCACCAUCAUCAUCAUCCUCAUCAUCAUCAUCAUCAUCAUCAUCAUCACCAUCAUCAUCAUCAUCACCACCAUCCUCAUCAUCAUCAUCAUCAUCACCAUCAUCACCAUCACCAUCAUCAUCAUCAUCAUCAUCAUCAUCAUCAUCAUCAUCACCAUCAUCAUCAUCAUCACCAUCACCAUCAUCAUCAUCCUCAUCAUCAUCAUCAUCAUCAUCAUCACCAUCAUCAUCAUCAUCAUCACCACCAUCCUCAUCAUCAUCAUCACCAUCACCAUCAUCAUCAUCCUCAUCAUCAUCAUCAUCAUCAUCAUCACCAUCAUCAUCAUCAUCAUCAUCAUCAUCACCAUCAUCAUCAUCAUCACCACCAUCCUCAUCAUCAUCAUCAUCACCAUCACCAUCAUCA